AUGACGGGAGUCGUCAACAGCGCUCCUGAGAGAGUUGUUAGCUUUACCAAUGGAUUCGGGUCGCGGCUUGCGAACACUAUGCCGUUGUUCUCGCUACCUAAUCUGUCUUGGUAUAGGCCUGCAGCUCCUGUUGUUAUUGUUGUUGUGAAAAGUAUGAGACGAGAUGAAGCCAGGUAUACAGCGCCUGCGCACCGACCACCUGCACAUGCAACGCAUUUGACUUUCCCUGGCAGAAGUGAUGUGGCUCACACGCGCAGGGAUGGAGCCCGCAGUGGUGACACGGGGCCUGAGGUUUUGUAA